AACUUCUAAAGGAUCGUUUUCUAUCUAGAUAUAUUAGACUUUCAGAAGAUAUUGCAAAUUAUUUAAGUGUAUUUAAAGUAAUUAGAGUCGCAGCUCAAAAACUUUAUCAAAAUUUAAAUGCAAAGGAUCCAAUAAUUGUUCAAUUUCUCAAUGACUAUUUUUAUGACAGUCAAGUCUUACUCUACGGACAAAUUUUAAGGUCGGUUGAAGACCUUUAUUUACAAUAUAUGGAAGGUGUUGGAGAACAGUAA